AUGCUGGUGUGUGCCCCUGCCGGGACCCCCCUCAGCUCCAGCUCUGGUGAUGCUGUUUUGAACGAGACACCAUGGGGGCUGCUCUGUGCUGGCCCCGGGGCAGCCCCCCUGCCUCCCGGCCCUGUGCCGGUAGGAACCGAGCAGGGACCCUCCCGAGCCACCAGCGACCGGCGAGCCCGGGCCCGGUUGGAGCUGAAGGAGCUGAACAGCUCCAUGACAAGCCCUGAGAUGGCCAAAGAGAUCGAGGCAUUGAGGAAGGACUGUGCAAGUUACACGGAGAAGCUGGAGAAGAUCAAAUGUGCCACCAACCAUGUCACACCGGAAGAAAAGGAGCAGGUCUGCAGGGAGCAGCAGCUGUUCCGCAGGGAGUGGCGGAGGAGGAAGCGAAUGGCAACUGAGCUGCUGGAUGCCAUCCUGGAGGGGUACCCCAAGAGCAAGAAGCAGUUCUUUGAGGAGGUUGGGAUCGAGACCGACGAGGACCAGGGCGUCGCGCUGCCACCGGCCGUGUGA